AUGUCAGAGAACCAUCUAUCCGGCCAAAUUCCAGGCUCACUAGGUUCUCUAUCUUCUCUGAGGUUCUUAAGACUCUCAGGCAACAAUCUCUCUGGAGAAUUGCCUUCGAGUUUGAGAAACUGCACGCGAAUGAUUAGCAUUGAUCUUAGUAAUAAUCGAUUGUCAGGGGUAAUCCCAGCUUGGCUAGGGGAAACAAUGAGAUCACUGCUAAUCCUCAGUUUAAGAAACAACUUAUCUGGUUCUAUCCCAUCCUGUUUUGGCAAUCUGGAAGCAUUCAAGGUUGAGCUGACUGAUGCAGAAGCUGAAAAAUAUCAAGGGAAACUGAAAUUUGAGGCGAAAGGAAGAAUACUUUAUUAUGAUACUACCCUUUACCUAGUCAAUAGUAUCGAUCUCUCGAGCAACAGUUUGUCAGGAGAAAUCCCAGUAGAGAUAACAAGCUUACACAAACUUUGGACCUUGAACUUGUCCAGGAACUAUUUGACAGGAAAUAUACCGACAGAUAUUGGAAAGUUAAGAUGGGUUGAAACCUUAGAUCUUUCAAUAAAUCAGUUGUUAGGUCCUAUCCCACCAAGCAUAGCUAGUUUAGACUUUCUGACUCAUUUUAACUUCUCUUACAAUAAGUUGACAGGAAAAAUUCCCACUAGUGCUCAGUUCCAAACCAAAGUUGAUCCAACAAUUUUCCAAGGAAAUGCUGCACUUUGUGGUCCACCUUUGAAAGAAUGUGAUGGUGACAGGACUAAAACAUCUGAUAGUGGAACGGAUGACGAAGGUGAAACCGAUGAUGAAGAUAAACUUGAGAAAGUAUGGUUCUUUGUUGUUGUUGGUUUGGGAUACUCGUUUGGGUUCUGGGUAUUUUUUGGCACUUUGGUCAUCAAGAAAAGAUGGAGAAUUGCUUAUUUCAGAUUUAUAGAGACAUGCAUUUUGGAGUUCAAGGAAUGGUCAUGGAGUUUUCAGCAUAAAAUGGUAGGAUAUUUAACGUGUAGAAGAAACACUUAG